UUUUACACUAUUAAGAGCCUCUUUGAAUUGGCUUAUUUCAAGUGCUUCUAAUCCAUUUUGUAGUAUUUUAAUAAAGUAAAAAAAAGUAUUUUUAAACAUUUGUUUUAAAGUUAAAAUGACAAAAAUAAGCCAUAACUCAAAAACUAGAAUUUCUAACUUAUGAUUUUUGACUUAAAAUUCACUUACAAGUUAUAACAAGUCACAUCCAAACAAGUCCGGAUUUAGUCGGGCCCCAAUAUAAGUACCGGAAACCGAGCGAGAAACCAAAAAAAAAGUCACGUCCAAACGGGCUCGAAUAUAGAGUUAAACUCUAUGUAAAAAAGGAGAGCGCGAGAGUAUAUUCCAAUGACCCUAUUUUUACUAAAGUAAAACACAUGACUGAAAUUGAAAGAUACAAAUGAUGAUGGAAUUAUAAUCCUUGAAUCUAAUUCAACACGACAUUUGGAGACUCCAACAAAGCUAUGAGUGUUUUAUCAAAAUCAUGACCUUAGUUUGGAGUCAAUUCUAGGUUUUUUUGAAUUGGAGAAUUUUAAUUUUAUUUUGACUUGGACGAGCUUUCCAAAUUAGGAAACAAGAAUCGGGCCGGUGAUAUAACCGCCAAAGAAAUCCAAUAAAAUCUGCUGGAUUUAACAAUUGGCCCGAUUUGAAAUCGUCUCUUCCCCUAUGGACUCGAGAUUUAAGCGAAUUGUCAAUGCUGUAGUCGGGAAAUCAUGUCCAAUAUGCCUGAGCCGGUUACACCAUCGGAAAGCAGCGGUUAUUAUCCCAUGUAUGCACGCCUACUGCAUCGACUGCAUCCGCAGAUGGAGCCAUAUGAAGCGAAAAUGCCCUCUCUGUAUCUCCGACUUUGAUUCAUGGUUCUCUAGAAUCAGUUUCUCCUCCGGGACCUUUAAGAAAGAGAAAUUAUCAGCUCCUAACGAGACUAAGAAAUUACGCUUAGGGUUUGCAUCAUCUAGGUCGAGAGAUCGUUUGGUGGACCAAAGAGCGAUUAGGAGAAGGAGAGACGAGCUGAAUGGUUUUGGCUCCAGAACGAGGCCGUUCCCAAGGCGGCGAUCCUUUGAUCAGAUUGGAGCUUCAAAUUCAUAUGAUAUUAACAGGAGAAUAAUUCACUGGCGUGCUAGUAUAUAUGAAGAGAGAUUGCAGGCUGUUCGGUUUUCAUCCAAAUAUUGUCUUGUGCAGCGCAUGGAUAAUAGGAGUGCCAAAGAAAAGAUGUUACAGAGAAUAGAACCUUGGAUAAGAAGGGAGCUGCAGGCUAUACUGGGGGAUCCAGAUCCGUCCAUUAUCGUCCAUGUUGUUACCUCACUUUUUAUCUCCGAAAAUACACAUUCAACACAACAGUAUGCCGGAGAUGAUUUUCUUGCGCCGUUGCGACCCUUCUUGCAUGAACAUGCUGAAAUGUUUUGGCACGAACUGAGGUGCUUUGCCGAAAGCCCUUUGUCUAUGCAAACAUAUGAUACUGUGGUGGAGUACAAGUCCUUGGACUAAUUCAGUAGUACCAGUCAUUGAUACAUUGGCUACAAUCCUAGUGUAACAAUGGAUUGAGAUGGAUAAAGGUUGAGCUGCAGCAUAGUCAUCUGACAAUGGCUAUAAUGAUGUUGUUGGAAUCUAAAUUCUUGUGGCUAAUGGAAGAGCAAGCCAUCAGUUUUUCUUCCUCAAGAGCCAGCUAGAUUUGUUGAAGAGCCCAUUAUGCACUGUUCCUUGGUGGUUAGCAUGGUAUCUUGCAGCUUUGGCUUUGUGUAGGCAGGGAUAGCAUUUCUGUUCUGCAUAUUCAUGUGAUUUGUGAAGUCCAAGACAUGAAGAAAAACAUCACACCUGUGUGAUUAGCAAUCCUGCCCAUUAAUAUGAGAGGCUGUAGAAAUUUGAAAUGCCAAAAUUAGAUUUCUGCAUUGUUUAAUCCAAGUGUCAUUGGAAUUCAUCUCUUUGGAGCUUAAUUAGGCUUUCGUCUGUUGCUGUUACCUGGGGCUCAGUCUGAAGAGAUAUUGGCAAUAUUUUGAUUGUGCCCCCAAAUGAGUAGUCUUCAAUGUCUUAUUUGUUUAACUGCCACAAGGCUAUCGCAUUCUGCAUCUGCCUUUGGUGCACUCAAGUUUCAGAAGUAAGGGUAGACAGCAGGAAUAAUUAACUGACUAUGGCGUUUCUCAUUUUAUCACCUUUAUUCCUUGGAACUCAGAAGCAUUGUUUGAGAGUUUUUAGGUUCUCUCAAAGAGACUUACCCCCUAUGUUUGAGUUCCUAUUUUGUAGUUUUGUCAUAUUCUUUCAAGAAUUUUACCGUGCACAGUCUGAUGUUGAUGGUCGUAAGAAAUGUCAUAACGUGCAAAACUCGAAAGUGGAGUAGUGCAGUCUACUCCUACAUUACUUUUGAGUUACAUUGAAGAUUGAUUUUCUUGAAUUAAUGUACUACUGCUAUUUUUCUGUA